CACAAACACAAACACUAAUUAGUAGUGUGGAAAUUAAUCACCCGUGAGAGUGAGCUUAAUUAUUGCGUUGUGAGCAAGGAAGCAUGGGUCCAACAUCAGAGAAUGACAAUAACCAGCCACUGAUAGAGCAGCAGAAUGGGACCGGGGCAGGCGGCAGAGCGGCGGCGGCGGCGGCUGCCCGGGGAAUGUCGGCGGACGAGGUGGAGGAGAUGCUGGAGAGAGGGAGGAUAAGGAUUGGAGGAUGGGUGAGGCUGGUUGGGUGGGAAUCUAAGGUUCUAUGGCAUCUCUCUGGGGCAUCCAUUGUGGUGUCCUUGUUCACUUACAUGCUCACCUUCGCUAGUCUCAUGUUCACCGGCCACCUCGGCACCGUCGCUCUUGCCGGAGCCUCCAUAGCCAGCGUUGGAAUUCAAGGUCUUGCUUAUGGAAUCAUGAUAGGUAUGGCUAGUGCCGUACAAACAGUAUGUGGACAAGCAUAUGGAGCUAGGAAAUACAAAGCAAUGGGAAUUAUAUGCCAAAGAGCAAUUGUACUUCACUUAGGAGCAGCUUUCCUUCUCACAUUCUUAUACUGGUUUUCAGGCCCAAUUCUGAAGGCCAUGGGCCAGGACCAAGACAUAGCCGAAGAGGGCCAAAUCUUUGCCCGUGGGAUCAUCCCUCAGUUAUAUGCAUUUGCAUUGAGCUGCCCAAUGCAAAGGUUCUUGCAGGCCCAAAACAUAGUGAACCCAUUGGCCUAUAUGUCUGUGGGUGUGUUUUUGGUUCACAUAUUGCUGUCUUGGGUUGUGGUUUUUGUUUUGGGCCUUGGGCUCCUUGGGGCUGCUUUGACUCUCAGUUUUUCAUGGUGGCUUUUUGUGUUCAUUAAUGGGCUUUACAUUGUUCUGAGCCCAUCAUGUAAGGAGACUUGGACUGGGUUCUCCAUAAAAGCCUUCUCUGGUAUUUGGCCUUACUUCAAGCUCACUGCUGCUUCUGCUGUCAUGCUCUGUUUGGAGAUAUGGUACAGCCAGGGACUUGUGCUCUUAUCAGGACUUCUACCAGACCCUACAGUUGCACUGGAUUCUAUUUCCAUAUGUAUGAACUACUGGAACUGGGACAUAAACUUCAUGCUGGGUCUGUGUGCAGCAACCAGUGUGAGAGUGAGUAAUGAACUUGGAGCAGCUCAUCCAAAAGUGGCAAGAUUUGCAGUGAUAGUGGUGAACGGGACAAGCUUGUUAAUCAGCAUAGUUUUUUGCGCACUGAUUUUGAUAUUUAGGGUUGAAAUGAGCAAACUCUUCACCACUGACUCUGUAGUCAUUCUAGCUGUCUCCAACCUCACCCCUUUGCUUGCCAUUUCCGUUCUCUUGAAUGGCAUUCAACCUAUACUCUCAGGAGUGGCAAUUGGGAGUGGAUGGCAAGCUCUGGUGGCUUAUGUAAAUUUAGUUUGCUAUUAUGUGAUUGGUCUUCCAAUUGGCUGUGUUCUUGGCUUUAAAACCAGUCUGGGAGUAGCAGGCAUGUGGUGGGGCAUGAUCGCUGGUAUUUUUCUACAGACCCUCAUUCUUAUCAUACUUACCGCCAGAACAAAUUGGGAUGUUGAGGUUGAAAAGGCAGUUACUCGAGUGAAAAGAUCAGCAGAAGAAGAGAAAUUGGAUUUCAUUGAUGACAUAUAGUUGCUGAUUUUUUUUUUAAUUUUUGUUAAGAUUAAUGUGUUUUUUUUUAAUAUAGUAAGACAGUCGAUUUUUGGAUGGCACUAUAUGGAACACUCUCUAAUGUUGACCACCGUUUUCAA